AUGAAUUUUGUAAAUUUCAAUAAAUGGACAAAAGAAAAAUUAUUGCUAAAUUUACCUCCAAGAUCUGUAAUUGUUAUGGAUAACGCCGCGUAUCAUUUAGUCCAGGAAGGCAAAAAACCAACGGUGACAAAUACAGAAGCUUCGAUGCAGGCUUGGCCGCAAAGACAUAAUGUGGAAUUUGACAGUUCCUUGAGAAAAUGUGACCUGCUCAAGUUGAUCAAACAACAUGGAUCUGAAAAUGUUUACAAGAUUGAUGAAGUGCUAAAAGCUGCAGGCCAUGAAGUAUUAAGACUUCCGCCGUAUCACCCAGACUUGAACCCCAUAGAGCUGGUUUGGGGGGAUAUCAAGGGACAACUUUCGAGAAACGAACUUUACAGUAAUUUAGAUAAGAAGAAAAUUGCACUAGAGAAAUUAUUUAGUAAAUUUCCAGUACAAAAAUGGGUAGCAUGUGACACACAUGUCCAGAAAUUUGAAGAUGAGUACUGUCAACACGAUCGAAUACUAGACGACGCUAUGGACGAAAUGAUAAUUAAUUUACAAGAUAAUUCUGACUCGUCCAGUUGUACUGAUCGCGAAGACGGUAAUUCAAGUGAUAUGAAUAUUGAUAUUAAUGAGGAGGAAAAUAUAUAA